CUUUCCCGGGAAGGAGGAGGCGGCCGGGAGUGGAGGAUGGGAGGGAAUCCGGAGGGAUCCCGGGGCGGCGCGCAGCGGAUCGGCAUCCGGCGGAGGCUCCCGGCCAGAGGCGGGCAGGGAAGGAGUGGAGGCUGAACCAGGAGGAGGCACCACCGGUCAAGGGAGCCCGGCCCGGCCGGGCCGACGGCCUCGUCUAGGCUGAGAGCAGCGCCGGGCUCUCCUGCCACCGAGACAGCGGGCUGGCUGCGGGGGUGCCGGGCGGAGAGCGUCGCCCAGGAGGAGACCCUGACCGAGAGAUUCCUGCUCAGCCGGGCCCGGGAGGAGCGGCGGCGGCGGCGGGGCCAGUUGAUGAAGAUGGCCGCGGUACCUCCUGAAGGCGGAGGAGAUCUCUCUGGUUUCUCUGUGGAGCAGCUGUUGGGCUUCUCAGAGGAGGAACCAGCUCAGGUCUUGUUGCCACGGAACACAAGGUUUUCUAUAGAAGCCACUGAAACAUCUCGUCUGUCUGAUGGAGCCGCAACAGCUCAGGGAUCCGUAUCCUUUGAGGAGGUGGCUGUGAAUUUCACGGAAGAGGAAUGGGCUCUGCUGGAUUCUAGCCAGAGAGCCUUACACAGAGACGUCAUGCUGGAGAAUUCUAGGAAUGUGGCCAUUCUGGGUUUUGGGCAGGAGCAGGAGAAUUACCAGGAGCCCAACCUAGCGCUAUUCCAGUUUGAAGAAAAGAUGCUUGGAAUCAAGGGGGUACUUCAAAAAAUUUCAAAAAACUGCCUAAAGAGUGGAAGGAAGAAAUCUUCUCCUUCUGAUCACAAUAAAGUCCUUGGCCUCCCAACCCAGCAACUUCAGCAACGAGAAGAAGUUGGAAAAUAUCUUGGAUGUGACAAGACAGACAAAGCGAAAUUUGUUUUUAGUGAAUAUUAUACAUACCAGACUGAAAAGGAACAAUAUGAACAUCAAGAGUACGGGGAAAGUGUCAGCCUUAGCUCUUCUCUUGUUUUACAUCACCCAUCAUACAUCCCGGAGACACCAUAUGGAAUUAUAAAUUGUGUCGAAAAAUUCACGUUGAACAAUCAUUUUAUGUCGCAUAAAAAGGAGAACCCGUAUGAGUGUGAAAAGAGUUUUAGCCAGAAACAAUUGCUUAUUUUACCCCCAGAAAAUGCCCCAAUGGAAAAACGGUAUAAAUGUCUGGAAUGUGGAAAGACCUUCAGUCACAGAUGUAAACUUACUGUCCAUGAACGGACCCACACUGGGGAGAAACCAUAUAUAUGCCUAGUGUGUGGAAAAAAAUUCAGUCAGACGGGUCAUCUUACCAGACAUCAACGAACCCACACUGGGGAGAAACCGUAUUCAUGUCUUCACUGCGGAAGGAAGUUCAGUGGAAGUUCAAACCUUAUCAAACAUGUAAGGAGCCACACGGGGGAGAAACCAUACAAAUGUACAGAGUGUGAUAAGAGCUUCAGUCGGAAAACUACCUUUAUUUACCAUAAAAGGAUCCACACAGGAGAAAAACCAUACAAGUGUCUGGAGUGUGGAAAGUGUUUCGGGCGGAACAGUAGCCUUAUGCAACACAAAAGAACUCACACAGGGGAGAAACCGUAUCAAUGCCUGGUGUGUGGAAAGAGUUUCAAUGGCUCCUCGGAUCUUAUGUACCAUAAGAGGAUUCACACAGGGGAGAGACCGUAUAAAUGCCUGGAGUGCGGAAAGCGAUUCAGUAGGCGAAGUCGCAUUACAGCUCACAAAAGAAAGCACACAGGACAGAAACCGUAUAUAUGCCUGGUGUGCGGAAGGAGAUUCAGUCAGAGCGGUCACCUUACAAGACAUAAAAGAACUCACACUGGGGAGAAACCAUAUCCUUGCCUGAAGUGUGGAAGGAACUUCAGUGGAAGAUCUAGCCUGGUGAUACAUAUAAGAAUCCACACAGGGGAGAAGCCGUAUAAAUGUUCCGAGUGUGGGCGAUGCUUCCGUCAGAAAACGACCUUUAUUUACCAUCGAAGGAUCCACACAGGAGAAAAACCAUACAAAUGCCUGGAGUGCGGGAAGAAUUUCAGGCGAAACUGUUAUCUUAAGAAACACAAAAGAAUGCACACCGGUGAGAAACCUUACAAGUGCUUCGAGUGUGGAAAGAACUUCAGUGUUCGCUCCGAUCUGAAUUGUCACAGGAGGAUCCAUACAGGGGAGAAUAAGUGUUUGGAAUGUGGAAAGAGUUUCAAAUGCCUGAGUCAUUUUAUUUGCCAUAAAAGAAUUCAUACGAGGGAGAAACCAUUCAAAUGCUCCGAGUGUGGAAAGGGCUUCAGUCAGAAAAAUCACCUUUCACAACACACAAGAAUCCACACAAGAUGUGGAAACAACUUCACUUUCAGCAGCCAAUUUAUUUACCAUAGAAGGGUUCACACGGAGAAACCGUAUAAAUGUGUGGAGUGUGGAAAAAGUUUCAGCGCAAGCUCACAUCUCACGUAUCAUUCAAGAGUGCACACAGGAGAGAAACCAUAUGAAAGCAUGGAGUGUGGUAAGAACUUCAGUCAGAACAGUAACCUUAUGAAACAUAAACAAAUUCACGCAGGAGAGAAACUAAUUGACGCCCGUGAAGGAAGCUCGGCCUGCCUGGCCCGCAAGAUGGACGUGCCGAAGUCAGGCAGAGAGUGGAGAAGAGCUUCAGGCCUUCCUGAAGCUGAGCCCGAGGAAGGUGGAGAGGCCUGGGCCGCCGGAGCCAAGCGGGAGACCCUCCCCGAGGACCCGCCGGACUCAGAGGCCCAGCGCUUCCGCCCCUUUGGCUACCAGGAGUCGGCGGGGCCCCGGGCAGUCUGCACCCGCCUGCAGCAGCUUUGCUAUCGAUGGCUGAAGCCCGAGAAGAGCAGCAAAGCUCAAGUGGUGGACCUGGUGAUCCUGGAGCAGUUCCUGGCCGUGCUGCCCCCGGAGAUGGCGGGCUGGCUGAGGGAGUGCGGAGCGGAGAGCUGCUCCCAGGCGGUGGCCCUGGCCGAAGGCUUCUUGCUGAGCCAGGCCGAGGAAUGGAAGCAGCAGAUGCAGGAGCCUUUAAUGAAGGCAGUUGUGGUAUCUCCCGAAGGAAGAGAAGGUCUUUCUGGUCCCUCUACGCAGCAACCGUUGGGAAGGAUCCCCGAGGAGGAUCCAAGUCAGUUCAUGUUGCCACUCACAGGGAGUGGGAGGCUGCUGAUGGAAAUUGCUGAAGCAUCUCCUCUGUGUGGGGGAACAACAGCUCAGGGUUUGAUAUCCUUUGAGGAGGUGGCUGUGUAUUUCACGGAGGAGGAAUGGAGGCUGCUGGAUCCCAGCCAGAGAGCCUUACACGGGGAAGUCAUGCUGGAGAAUGCUAGGAAUGUGGCCGCUCUGGGUUAUAGACAGGAGCAAAUUAAUUAUAAGGAGCCCGGUGUAGCGCUAUUACAAAUGAUCAAGUCUGAAGACGGAAUGCUUGGAAAUCAAGGGACAUCACAAAGCAGUAAGAAAAGUUGCAUAAUGUAUGGAAGGAAGAGCUCUUCUCCUUUUGGAUAUAAUGAAUUCCUUGACUUCUCAACCCAGCGAGCUCAACAACGAGAAGAUAAAGGAAAAUUUAGUGGAUGUGGUGAAAGAGACAACAAGAAGUUUGGUUUCCGUAAAUAUUGUAUAACCCAGACUGAUGAGGAACAAUGUGAAUAUCAAGAGGAUGGGAAGAAGGUCAAUUAUACCUCUUCUGUUAAUUUACAUUACCAAUCGUAUCUCAAAGACACGCCCUAUACAUUUAUAAAUUGUGAGAAAAGUUUUGAUUUGAGCAGUCAUCCUAUUUCCCAUAACAGUGAAAAACAGUGUGAGUAUGAAGAGAAUUCCAGUAAGAAACAGUUGCUUAUUUCACCCGCAGAAACUCCCCCAAAGGAGAAACCAUAUAAAUGUUUGCAGUGCGGAAAGGCCUUCACACAGAGAUGUAAACUUACCAUACAUGAAAGAAUCCACACAGGGGAAAAGCCGUACGUGUGCCUGGUCUGUGGAAAGACCUUCACUCAGAGAUGUAAAUUAAUCAUACACGAAAGAAUCCAUACAGGGGAGAAACCGUAUAUAUGCCUGGUGUGUGGAAGGAGAUUCAACCAGAGUGGUCACCUUACAAGACAUAAAAGAACCCACACUGGGGAGAAACCAUACACUUGUCUGAAGUGUGGAAGGCAAUUCAGUGAAAGUUCAAGCCUUGUGAUGCACGUAAGAAGCCACACGGGAGAGAAACCAUAUAUAUGUAUGGAAUGCGGAAAGAGCUUCCGUCAAAACAGUGUCUUUGUUUGCCACAGAAGGAUCCACACAGGAGAGAAACCGUACAAAUGCUUGGAGUGUGGAAAAAGCUUCAGUCAGAACAGUAGCCUUUUGAAACAUAAAAGAAUCCAUACAGGGGAAAAACCAUAUCAGUGCCUGGACUGUGGAAAGAGUUUCAGUGUGCGCUCGGAUCUUACCUAUCAUAGAAAAAUGCACACGGGAGAGAAAUCAUUUCAGUGUUCGGAAUGCGGGAAGAGCUUCAAUUGCAGCCGUUACUUUAUUCGUCACAAAAAGAUCCACACAGGAGAAAAACCAUACAAAUGCGUGGAGUGUGGAAAGAGUUUCAGUCAGAACAGUCACCUUGUCAAACAUAAAAGGAUUCACACCGGGGAGAAACCGUAUCAGUGCCUGGAGUGUGGUAAGAGUUUUACUGCAGCCUUACAUCUUACAUAUCACAGAAGAAUGCACACGGGGGAAAAACCAUAUAAGUGUUUGGAAUGUGGAAAGAGUUUCAACUGCAGCAGUUAUUUUAUUUGCCAUAAAAGGAUACACACGGGGGAGAAACCUUACAAGUGUUUGGAAUGUGGAAAGCGGUUCAAUAGAAGCAGUCAUCUCUCUUAUCAUAAAAGGAUGCAUACAGGAGAGAAACCGUAUAAAUGCACAGAGUGUGGAAAAAGCUUUUCGUAUAACAAUGGUCUUAGAUACCAUCAAAGAAUCCAUACUGGGGAGAAACCAUAUACCUGCUUGAAGUGUGGAAAGACGUUCAGUGCCAGUGCAAAUCUGAUGAUGCAUGUAAGAAUCCACACAGGGGAGAAACCAUAUAAAUGUCUGGAGUGCGGAAAGAGCUUCCGUCAGAACAGUGUCUUUAUUUGCCAUAAAAGGAUCCACACGGGGGAGAAGCCGUACAAAUGCACGGAGUGCGGCAAGAAUUUCCGUCAGAACAGCAACCUUAUCAUACAUAAAAUAAUUCACACGGGAGAGAAACCGUACAACUGCACAGAGUGUGGAAAGAGCUUCAGUCACAAAAGUCACCUCACGAGACAUAAAAAAAUCCACACGGGAGAGAAGCCCUGCAAGUGCACAGAUUGUGGAAAGAGUUUUAGUCGAAAUAGUCACCUUACGAAGCAUAAAAGAAUCCACACAAGAGAGAAAUCGUAACUUGGGAGUUUUCAUCACUCAAGUAUUUUCUUCUCACAAAGGGACACAACAAGGAAAGAAACAAUAGAAAUUUGUUGACUGUUCAGUUGCAGCAGUAAGUAGCCUAAUCAGACCUAAAGGAAUUCACAUAUGGGAGAACCAUAAAAACACCUGAAGUUCAUUUCUCAUUAAAAGUCGUAUUGUGGGAAGAAUGCCUGGAAUAAAUGAAAAUUGAUUACCGUAUAUGCCGGCGUAUAAGACGACUUCCGGAAGCGCUAAACUCGGCGCCAAAGACGGGGGUCGUCUUAUACGCCGAGUCAUCUUAUACGCCGGAAAUACUGGUAGUUUCCGACGUAUAAGAUGACGUUCUAGGAAGGCGACUCGGCGAUAAAGACGGGGGUCAUCUUAUACGCCGGGUCGCCUAAUAUGCCGGUAUAUACGGUACCAGGACUGCCUUUUUUUUCCUUAAAAAAACAACAACACAAGAGAAAACAGAUAAAUGUGUGAGUUUGGUUGAGCUACAUGGUCUUAAAUGUGCAGUGUGUAGAAAGACUGUAUCCAUUUGGUAUAAAAAGUACACCUAGGAAUGGAUCAAAGAAACUGUUUUAAUGAGACCCCUUCAGCUUACAUCCCAGAGACCUUCCACUCAGGAGAGAAACUGUAAAUGAGUGGAAUAUCGAAAGGAUAGUGAUGGCUGAACCUGCAAGGUGGCCCUGAUAAAAAGCAACUUCAUUUUGUUACUCAAAAAGGAAUCAUAAUCGUUGCCAAAUAAUAUUUCUGACUGGUUCAUCCCACAUGUUAAGCCGUAUUUCUUUGAAGGUGAUACACGUAAGUGAAGAUGAAGAGUUUUGAUCAUGACCUGUGGGUAUCAUUUUGAUCCCCUGAAGAGAUCUCUGAUUAAAAUCCUGGAUCUGAGCUUUACUUCUUAUAACUUCCUCCAUUUGGUUCUUCUCAACAUUAUUACCAACCAAUAAUUAUGAAAUUUUGUAAUUACUAUUUUUUCUUCUUCCAAACAACCUGCAGUGUUUAAUGUUCCAGAUGGCCCAAGUUAGGCUUCGUUCCUCAAGUAGGCCUCAGUCGGUAACAUUUGUUGAAACAAACAAACAAAAAAAUCCUAAAUAUACAUUCAAAACGUCUAUGAAGAUUCCCAGUCAUCCAGGUCAUAGUUUCCUGAAUUUGGAUUUCCACCAUCCAGUCAGAGCUGAAGAAGCUUCUUGGAUGAGAAGUGAAACGUCUUCAAAGAAAAACAAGAAAGUCCAGUUGCCUCGUGGAAAAGCAUCUUUGGGAUACAUCCAAAACAUUUUCUCUGACAAUAAAGAAAAUGCGAAAAGAGGAGAAAAGAUUGAAAGGACUCUAAAAAGGAAUGCCUGAAGAAGGAGGAAUUAUUGCUAUUUAUUAUGAUUAUUAUAUAUACACCAGAAUGUGAAAUCAUAGCCGCCAGUUCUUUAGCUAGUGAUGGUCUUCAUAUUAUUAUGGUUUGUUGCACAGUCAGCCGUUUGUUUAGACUGGAUUUGGCAUUAUUACUAUAUUUUUAAUCUCCCUUUUUUUUAUAUUUGAACACCCCAAGGUGGCAAAUACAGGUCCUUGACUUACGACCACAAUUGAGCCCAGAAUUUAUAUUGCUAAGUGAGAAAUUCGUUAAGUGAGUUUUGCCCCAUUUUACGACUUUUCUUGCCACAUUUGAUAACUGAA